AUGAAACGUUGUUGUUUUUGCAAAGCUAAUGAAGUCCGCUCAAGAACUCUUGCGACUUUACAGCAGCUCAGAUUUUUCCAAACACGUGUCGAUGCUCGGAUCAUUAAAACCGGGUUCGACACAGACACGUGUCGCUCCAAUUUCGUCGUCGAGGACCUUCUCCGGAGAGGUCAAGUCUCUGCUGCACGCAAGGUGUAUGAUGAAAUGCCUCACAAGAACACUGUCUCCACCAAUACGAUGAUUUCCGGUUACGUCAAGUCCGACGAUCUUUCACGCGCGCGUGAGCUCUUUGACGCGAUGGUUGAAGGUAGAACUGUCGUGACUUGGACUAUCUUGAUGGGAUGGUACACCGGAAACAACCGGUUCGACGAAGCUUUCAAGCUUUUCCGUGAGAUGUGCAGGUCUCGUACCUUGCCUGAUCACGUGACCUUCGCUACGCUUUUACCGGGAUGCAACGACGCGGUUCCCGAGAACGCGGUGGGCCAAGUUCAUGCCUUUGCCGUCAAGUUAGGCUUUGAUAGGAACCCUUUUCUCACCGUUUGCAAUGUAUUGGUUAAGUCUUACUGUGAGGUAAAGCGGCGAGAUUUGGCCUGCGUGGUGUUUGAGCAGAUUACAGAGAAGGACUCUGUCACGUUCAACACGCUUAUCACAGGGUAUGAGAAGGAUGGUUUGUACAUUGAGGCGGUUCGUCUCUUUGUCGAAAUGCGACGGUCGGGUCACAAGCCUUCCGAUUUCACGUUCUCAGGUGUUCUCAAGGCGGUUGUUGGCAUACAUGAUUUUGUUCUUGGUCAGCAGCUCCAUGGCUCGGCCGUUUCUACCGGUUUUUGGAGGGAUGUGGCGAUUGGUCGACAAGCGCAUUGCCAGGCCAUCGUGGCGGCGGCUGAUUCGAUCCCUCAUGUCGGGAACUCUUUAGUUGAU